UGACGAAGGAGCCAUAACAUUCAACAUGGCGACGACGGCGGGUUCCCUCGUUUCUUACGGCAGCGACUCAGAUUCAGAAAAUGAGUCCGAAUCUGGUACCGAACCGCAGAAAGUGGAUCCAGAUGCGAUCGCGCAUCUUCAGCCUUUAAAAUCCAGCAGCAUCACGACUUUAGCGGUCCUGAAUUCAGCGCCUGAAGUAGCUGUGAAGGAAGAUGUUGAGACAGGAGUGCAUCUUGAUCCAGAGCUCAAAGAAGUCACUUACAAUCCUAAAUAUGAAACCAUGUUUGCUCCAGAGUUUGGACCAGUCAACCCAUUCAGGACCCAGCAGAUGGCUGCGCCGCGAAACAUGCUGUCUGGUUUCGCUGAACCGGCCCACGUCAAUGACUUCAUGUUUGAACAGCAGAGGAGAACGUUUUCUACAUUCGGUUAUGCUUUGGAUCCGUCCGUGGACAGCAGCAGUCAGAUCUCAUCCAACACUUACAUUGGAGCGACAGAAGAGGCUGAGAAAAAUAAAGGGCUGACUGUUUUUGAGUCUGGAGCAAAAAAAUCUGAAAAGAGGAAGAAGGUGAAAGGGGGAGAGGCUGCAGAGAUUGAAAGCUUUCUGGGACCCUGGGCCAAAUACCAGGAUGAGAAAGAUGUGGCCAAACCGUCCGAGGAGGAGCAGAAGGAGCUGGAUGAGAUCACAGCGAAGCGACAGAAGAGAGGGAAAAAUGAGGAGGAGGCUCCAGCCGAAGAGAAGACCAUCCUGCACAUUAAAGAUGCAUAUGACUAUCAAGGUCGCUCGUAUCUGCACAUUCCUCAGGAUGUGGGGGUCAACCUGCGCUCGCCAGAUAUUCCAGACAAAUGCUACUUACCCAAGAAACAGCUGCACGUUUGGACCGGACACACCAAGGGUGUCAGUGCCAUUCGUUUGUUUCCUGCCUCCGGUCAUCUGCUGCUGUCCUGCUCCAUGGACUGUAAAAUCAAGUUGUGGGAGGUUUAUAAUGACAGAAGAUGCGUGCGGACGUUUAUCGGUAAGUCACAGUAAAGCCGUCGAGAUGUGUGUUUCAAUAACACCGGCACACAGUUCCUCAGCGCUGCCUAUGACAGAUAUCUCAAACUCUGGGAUACAGAGACGGGUAAGUGCAUCUCGCGCUUCACAAACAGAAAAGUUCCCUACUGCGUGAAGUUUAACCCAGAUGAGGACAAACAAAACCUGUUCGUCGCCGGGAUGUCCGACAAAAAGAUUGUGCAGUGGGACAUUCGCACAGAGGAAGUUGUUCAGGAAUAUGACCGACAUCUGGGCGCAGUAAACACAAUCACCUUUGUGGAUGAAAACCGUCGGUUUGUCAGUACGUCUGAUGAUAAAAGUCUGCGUGUGUGGGAAUGGGAUAUUCCUGUGGACUUCAAAUACAUCGCUGAGCCCAGUAUGCAUUCAAUGCCGGCUGUAACACUGUCACCUAAUGGUAAAUGGUUGGCUUGUCAGUCGAUGGAUAAUCAAAUCCUGAUAUUUGGAGCUCAGAACAGAUUCCGUCUUAACAAGAAAAAGGUCUUCAAAGGUCACAUGGUGGCUGGAUAUGCCUGUCAGGUGGACUUCUCUCCUGACAUGAGUUAUGUUGUAUCUGGUGAUGCAGAUGGGAAGCUGAAUAUUUGGGAUUGGAAAACCACCAAGUUGUACCAUCGGAUCAAAGCUCAUGAUAAAGUUUGCAUCAGUGCGCUUUGGCAUCCCCACGAGACCUCGAAGGUCAUCACAUGCGGUUGGGACGGUCAGAUCAAACUCUGGGACUAAACAGAUACGGAGAAAUAGAUCAGGAUCCGUUUCCUAUUUUUAAUUUUUUUUCCUUUAAUCCUGAUGUUCAUCCUGACACGCAGUUCAAGCUGUGUUGUUGAUGAGAUUUAUUGGGCUGGUAUCCAGUCCCGAGAACAUAAAGACAGCGGAGAACUAGCAUCAGAUGCAGGUGGUUUUUAUCAUGUUUUGUUUUAUAAUUCUUGGAAAUGUUACGCUUGGCAUCUUCAUUGUGUCAGACUUUCUCUGUUUUUGAUGAUGAAUAAAUGUCUGUAGUUAAAGUAA